CCCUAAGGCACUGUUCUUCUUCUCUUUCGCAGGGAGUGGGGGAGGAGCCGGAGGUGACCAGCGGUUUUGUCAGGACGCAGUUGGACUCGGGACAGGGAUCAUGCCUUGUGGAGGCAGGGGACAUCACCGCGCGGCUAGAGCUCGGCAUUCUGCGAGUGAUUUUGCAUUUUCGUCCAGGAGAAAAAAGUGAUUGUUUCGUUUUGGAGAUCCUCUAGGGUACAGAGGAUGGCUGCUAUGGCGUAUUCGCCAGUGCAGAAUGGAGACAGGGGUACGUAUGGUGCAGGCGGGGGCGGCAAGAUGCGCCCUCGACGAGCUCCGAAACGAAAUGGUACACCGUAUGACCGGCCGGCUGUUGGGCGUCAUGCGUCGGCUGGGCCUCAGGCGGCCGCGUUGAUGAAUGCCAAUGGAGGUGCGGCGGACGGAGCGAGGCGGGAAGGAUGGCUGGGGUCGAGGUUGCUCGGCACCGCUUCCAAGAUUGUCACCUCUGGGGCUUCGUUCCUGUAUUCUUCAUUUUUCAGGCGCCCGGCCGGGGACGGUCUGUUGCUGCUCAAAGAGGCGGAGAAAACUGCUGCGAAUAAUGCCGAAGGGCAAACGGACACGUUGUCGCCUUCAGCUGCCGAAGUUGAGUCUAUGGAAGCUGGAAGCCAGCAAGGCGAGGAAGACAAAACGUCAGAAGUGGAAAGUUGGAUGAAAAGGACCUUCUCAAGGGAAGAAGCCGAUCGGUUAAUUGCAAGUUUCAAGUCAUACUCUAAGGAGAAUGGGACCGCAGAAGAACAAGUCGAUCACGUUAACACAGAAGAACAGAGAACUACUCAUGUUAACCAUGUUCCGGCCCUCGAGUCUGCUCCAAGCAAUGGGCAACUUUCCGAUGCUCAAAGAUGGAGGGAAGAGCGCACGAAAGCUCGGCAAGAACAGAAAUCUAACCAUUGGCCGGGUGAUUUUGGAAAAGAAAAUGGCACUCCUACUGAGGCUGGGGCUUCUGAGGGGGUAGAAAUUGUGGCAGUUGAUGUUGCUAGAGCGUACAUGGGGGAGCGAGUUACAAGAGUGGUUACACCUGCUCGGGUCACACUUACUCGGGAAAAAGUUCCAACUCAACUACGACUCUCUCCUUACCAGUCUUCACCUUAUAUGUUGAGGAAGCAACAACCAACCAAUAUCUCAACUCAGUACGGUUCCGCCGAUGUUCCUGGUUCUUUUCAUUUUCCCCCUCCAGGUGGCCUUCGUAGUCGAGAUAUUGGUUUUGAUGAAAACCUGCGAACUCCAGCUCUGACUCGCACGGUUGGACGCCCUCUGCCUGUUGCCCGUAUCACCGCACCCAGUUCAGCAAUUGGAUAUUCACUGCCCGGAGAGGGGUCCAAAAAGAGAGGUUCCGCAGCUCUAGAGGAUGGUGGGUAUUCUUCUGGUGGGCCUAUUCGACGAUUAAGGCCUAGGUCAUCUUUGUACACUCCAAGUCCAGCCAGUGGAAUUCUAAGACGAGGAUCAUUGGGCGUGUAUCCUCCUCCUCCAAGGGCAUUACCGACUCCUGUUGAUGUCAAACAAAAGGUGAUCACAAUGUGGAGCCGGAAUGUUGAAACCGAGGGAAAAGGUAAUGCGAAAUUUUUUCAUCAGCACGAGGAAAGCAAAAGUUCAGAAGUAGAACCAAAUGCAUCUGUACCCGAAAGAGCAAGUGCAACAGCUCGCAAAAUUUUAGAAACUUUGGACAUGAUGACUCCAUCUCCAAAACAGAAGUCUUUGGACACAGAAUUGGCAUUUGUGAGGGAGCGUCCACCUACUGAGCUCAUUACUAGUAUGGUGAACGACAAGGCACGUCAGACCAUGCAGUCUUGGGAUUUUGCUGGGCCUCAGGAAGAAGCUGGACCUUCAGGACAGGGUCGCAAUCUUGAGGAUGAUUUGUACUCUGCUGCUGGAGGUUCUCGGACGGGAGCUGAACAGGGCACAAAGUCAAGAGUCAAAGGCAAAGCGCCAGCUUCUGCCUUAUCACAUGCUUCUGAAGAUAAGAGUAGAGAUCAACCAUCAUUUCCUUUCCAAGACGCAUCCAGGUUGAAGUUUCCAGAGUCUAGUUUGGCUAACCAAAGCCCAGUCAUUGGAAAAAAUAAAGGAUUUCAGAUUAAUGCGGAUUUCGAUGAUUCGGAUGAAGAAACCAGAGGAACUAACGCUACCUUGCUUACCCCCACUGUGACAAAUUCAACUUCAUUCACAACGGGCAAAAAUAGUUCCUCUGGAGCUGGCUUGUUCGAUAAUGAUCCACCCAGAUCCUCGAGUUUUACAGCAGACGUAUCUGGUCCUUCAAUUGGUUUUGGGUUUCAGAGGGAUACCUCAGAGACUACUGUGAUUGAUGGAAAAUCAACUGCUGCUCUAGGGGGUUUUACAUUUCCAUCCUCCAAUUCUUUUGGUACCACCAUGGAGCCGCCUCCGACACCUAAGCCAUUUCCAUCCCCAUCCAGCACAGAAUCUGCAUCUAAGUCCAAUGGCCCGCCUAGUUACAAAUUCAACACAGGUGCUCUAAUUGAUAAUAUGGUACUAAAACUGCCCUCAACAGGGGCAGGUGGGGCUGAUAAUAGUGUACAUACUGAUGAGACGAAAUCUAAGCAUCAGACUGAAAGGAAACCAGACUCUUUACAAAGUGACUUGUCUGUAUCUAACACUUCGAAUGCAGCUGAAGCACCAAAAGGACAAACUUCUAUGUUUGGUUCGUCAGGCCCGGAAACCUCCACGACUGCUACAACAUCCUUGUCUUCCACGUUCUCGUUGGCUAAAUUUGGAGCCCCUGGUGCGGGGGCAAUGUCAGGUAUAUUUGGUUCAGGCGGUCAAACUGCUAGUUCUACUGCAGGAUUCUCAAAUUUGACUACCUCGGUUUCAACUACUGAAACAAAUCUCUUCAAUCCUGGCAAGACGGGAUCAUCUCCAUCUGCAGAACCUGCUACCCUGAAAGCUGAUGCAUCUCUUAGUGCUGGUUCUAAAUUAUUCGGAAACGCAGCGGUAUCUCCGGCUCCAUCAACCGCAGCCACAUCCUCUUCUGCUUUUGGAACGAAAAAGGACCUAUUUUCAUUUGGGGCAGCAGCUAGCACUUCUCCAGCUCCGCCUCUGCAGUCAACCGCUCCUGCUUCAACUUUGGAUGAUGCAGAUAGACCUCAAAAGCGGCCGUUUGGUCAGGAGAAGACUAUUGAUAAUUCAGGGGCUGCUCCUGUGACUUUUGGAUUGUCCGCUGCCGGAACUAUCCCAGCUUCAGCGUUAUCGACAGCGAACUUCUCUACUUCAGUUUUUGGUCAGGGCUCAAGCUCACCAGCACCAGCGUCCAAUUCCACGUCCCUGUUUGGCUUUAAGCCCUCUCCUGCGACCUCAACUACUUCGACAUCAUCCUUGGCCACGACUUCAUUUGGUACGACAAAUGCAUUUGGGUCAUCCUCUCUUAUUUUUGGCAGCUCAACAUUUGGGUCGAGCAAUCCAACACCAGCAUUGGGUGGAGCUUCCAGUUCUCCUAUAUUCGGUGCGUCAAGUACUGCAUCUUUUGGAGCUUCGAGCACUCCUACAUUUGGGUCGUCAAGUGCUCCAGCAUUCGGAGCUUCUAGCACUCCCGCAUUUGGAGCCUCAAGCACUUCCGCAUUUGGAGCCUCCAGCAACCCGGCUUUUGGAGCUUCUAGCAUUCCCGCAUUCGGAACUUCUGGCACUGCUACAUUUGGGGCACCUAGCACUCCUGCAUUUGGAGCAUCUAGCACUGCCGCAUUUGAAGCAUCUAGCACUCCCACAUUUGGAGCAUCUAGCACUCCCAUAUUUGGAGCGUCCAGCACCCCGGCAUUUGGAACGUCUAAUACAAAUAACAAACCUGCCUUCGGAGGUUUCAGCUCAGAAGCUCCAGCACAACCUUCCCAAUCUCAUGCUCCCGUCUUUGGUUUUGGAUCCUCUGCUAAUACGGGGUCAUCACCUUCUCCAGCUCCUUUUUCAUUUGGUUCUUCUGUUGGGUCUGGUUCUCCCUUCGCUUUUGGUUCCGGUGCCGCAUUACCAACCACGUCAACUGGUGCUUUUGCAUUUGGAGCAUCUAGUGCCCCAUCACCGACUACUUCAACUGGUGCAUUUGCUUUUGGUGGUUCCAGCGCCGCAUCACCUGCACCCUUCAGUUUUGGUGCGAAACCUUCUUCUCCGUCAAUGUUUGGCGUAGGUAGCUCGGCACCUGCAUUUUCAUCCACUCCAAACGGUGGGACGGGAACUGAUAUGGAAGACAGUAUGGCUGAUGAUGGCCAGAUGAUGGCCUCUUCACCACCUCCACAACAAACACCCGUUUUUGGUGCUGCCCAAAAUGCAUUUGGUAAACCCACCGCCUCAGCCCCCGCACCUGCACCAGUAUUUGGAGGCUUCGGGAGUUCAGCAGCUUCUCCAGUGGCGAAUCCAUUUGCAGCAUCAUCUACUCCGCAACCUUCCCCUCCUAUUGCCGCCAAUCCUUUUGCGCCAUCGCCUCAGCCAGGACAACCUCUUAACUUUGGUGGUGGUGGUUUUGCUCUUGGAUCAACUGGACAAGACUCGGGUGCUAAACCUAAUAGGAAGUUUAUCAAAGCCAAAAGGGCAGGCAGCGUCAAAAGGAAGUAAAUGACAAUGUUCGACGAGUGUGGUGUGAGAAAUUCUUAAAAAAAUUGUUGGCAGUCCAGGCUAGUCAAGGUAUCGGAAAGAAUUAUUAGAACUGGUGAUAGUUUUGAGUACUUAUCUGGAACUGCAAAUGUUUAGUAUAUCUACGGAUCUUGUCGUCCACGUCUGGCUAGUAAAUAGUUAGAAUAUUGAACCAGGUUAGUUGAGGUUCUGGAUUUGGGCAUGAAUCUUUUCUUUGAGUUUAACAGAGGACUUAACUUCAAGUGCUGCCUUCAAUCCAACUAGUAAAUUUCGUAUUGAUCAACUGUCUGGCUUGUCAGAGCCCUUUAUAACUAGGGUUGUCUCAUAUGACCAAUGGCACUGUUUCCAGUAGAAGUGUCAAUUUGGUGGCAAGAAACCAUGGUAGGAUUUUGUACUGGUAAUUACCAUCACGUGUUGACUUGUGCCAUUUUUUUUCGUGAAUACAUGUAUCCAAGAAACUAUUCCAAAUUGUAGGGAAUGGGCUUUAGUUAGUGAGUCCUAAGGUUGUAUACUACUUUUUAUUAAUACACGUACUUUUUGUGUA